GACUGUGUUAGCCAGCAAAACGUUGGCACUGCACUGUUCACCUCUCGCAAACUAGGGUCUAUGGCAACAUCGCAGCAUUACCUUUGGGCGGGCGGCCACUUAGUCUUGUUAGUUUCAGCAUUGCGGUAUAUUGCAGCAUGGGUGACGUUGAAGUCAAUCUCGCCUUGGUGGUACAAGAUGGGCUUGUUAGGAGGCUUGCUUAGUUAUGCUAUUGUAUGCCAAAAAUCCUUGGGGGUGCGUAUUCAAUACUAUAAGGUUAUUCAAAUACAUAGACAUGUCAAACAGAACCCCAACCUUAGUGUCCAGUUUAUUAAACGUGCUUUGCUUGACGAGAAUUUCCAAUAUCUCAUCGUUGCCUUCUUUUGGUGGAGCUCUUCACCUGUUGCCAUUGCCCUAUUACCAUAUAUGAUUUUCUCUCUGUUUCAUGUACUAACCUUCUUCCGAACCACUGUCAUGCCGCGAUUAUUGGGCUCUACGAGUGCUGUUGGGGGACCUCAAUCUCAUCCACUAUCAAAGAGCCUUCAAGUUUGGGUUAAAUCUAACUAUGAUCCUGCCAUGAAACUGGUGGCGUUCAUCGAACUCUUCAUUUUCGUCCGUGUGGCUUUCGGCGCCUUGACCUUUCACAAUUCUCUCCUUGCACCGCUGGUCUACGGACAUUUUCUCCGGCAACGAUAUUACCAGUCCAUCUUCACACGCAAUGCACUUUCUAUCACGGAUGAGUGGGUUGAUACCUUGGUUAUGAGGGCUGGUAAUCCGCCGACAUUGGUGAGAGCAUUAGAGACGGUUCGUGGUGCAUUUUUUGUCGAAUGAGAAUACUACGGUUGGAACAUUAAACCUUCGUAGUACUAAAAUCCUGAUAGAGGGUGUGAAGCUAGGACUCCAUCUGAAAACUACCGGACAUUGAGAUUACCAGUCACAAUUAGUAGUAAUGCCCCAUAACUGUGCCAUAAAUGAACCUUAUAU